GCAACAGAUCCUCUUGGCUAGCUGAUAAGAUCCAUACUGCGCGUUCGCGUACGAACAAUGGGUAGACAUGGCGAUCGUGUGUCCUCUGCUCGCCGUGUGCGGUAUCGUCUGUUCGGUGGCGGCGGCAGCUAAAAUGGACUUCAAAACUCUCUACAUGAGCGACACCUGUAGGACGAAUGGACACCAGCCGUUGCGGUUUAAGCUCUCGAACACGGGUAGUCUCUCCAUGCUCACGGUCCGGUCCCAGCGCGACGACUCCGCACCCUGGUGGGAUAUUUCGGGAAGCUGCACGUCCACUCUCAUAGUGACCAGUCCACGAAGAUCACGAAUCACAAUGACCAUUGAGGAAUUGGACAUGUACGCCGAACCAAAGGAGAACUACUGCAUCGACUUCCUAGAUGUUCGUCCCCUGGACUCCCUUGUGAGUCGAUUCUGCGGUUCCCUGGAGGACACCUACCCAAAGACGUUCGCUUCAGUGGGCAACAAGCUGCACUUCAAAUGGAACUUUUACACAGGCGCGGCUAACACGAGAGGCUUUACCAUUCUGCUCACGGCCUUCACAGAACCAGUGCGCGGUAAAAACUGCACCGCUGCUCACUCUGCACGCGACGCUCAGUUCCUGUGCGCUAACGGUCGCUGCAUCGACGCCAGGUGGCGCUGCGACAAGCGCGACAACUGCGGCGACGCAUCGGACGAGAAAGGUUGCAGAGACGAAGGCAGUUUCCUGGUGAUCCUGAGCAUCUGCGCAUGCAUCGUAGUUGUAGUCGUUUCGGGCAUUAUGGUCACAGUGGUUUGGAUGAGGUUUAGGAAGCCUCCGAGUCAAGGCGCUACAGUCACUGGCAUGCAGACUGCUUACAGCAUCCCCGUGAACUCUGAGAGCUCGAACACACUUCCGCCGUACAGUCAACCGUCUAACACAGGCACGACAGUAUUGAGGUCUGGCAACCGUUACUAGGUUGUGCAAUAUCAUAUGCAACAUGCAACUCGCACCAGCAAUGCCAUCUCGCACUGCAGAAUUAUGCGGCAUGUGUCGAGUUUUGUUCAGAGCACGAGAGACAUGUCCCAGUUUUCCAGCAAACGAUAGAGACAAGUUUUGGAUGUGUACUCGUGUGUGUGCCACUAGUCUACUUGGAGGAGCCACUCGAAUACUCGAAGCAAGCGCUCAAAUGAAACUGUUCUACCAACGAAUAGGUUACAUUUACAUGUCAAUGUAAGCAACUUUGUUGUGUGAUUUAUGGUCGGGCAGACAACAAACAAUACAGCGCAGCUUUUCACUGUGAUGAUUGUACAAGAUGGCUGCCUCGAUGACGUCAGUGCCAAGUAUUCAUGUGGUCAUUGAUCAAUGUUAGUUUUUAAAUUAAAUUCUAGGGUUUCACAUGCCAAAAAUGUGUGUGAAGCGCACUGAAGUUUUGGGACCGAAUUCUCACCACAAGGAGUUCAACAACAUGCACAUAAAUCCCAAGCACGUAGGCCUUUUUGAUUUUUUCAAUGUAGAAGUCGACAGCGGAUGAAUCAACAGAUAGGCCUGCCCAGGAGCGAACAGGCGUGAAUGACAGUGAAGAAGAAAAAAACACCGAAGACUUCGGAAAAAAACUCAGUAAUAUAUUUUUAUUCCGGCGUGACGUGCCACUUUCAAUAUCAAUAAAUAAUAAAACCAUCGUCAAUCUCUCAACACA